UCUCUAGGCAGGCGCCAGCAAGCACCACAAAGCCUGGUUCUCAACCUAUUGUCGUCUGCGAGAUCAAAAUGGACCAAAAGUGGAUUCAGAUGCUGGUGAUUCUGGUGUUUUAUCAAACGAGUGUCUCAGGAGCUGGUGACAUAGUCGUAAAAGAGAGGGCGACGAUUGAAAUCAAGUGCGAGCCUCCUGUGGCUUACUCCAUGGUCAUCUGGUUCCGAGUUCUGGACGAAUCAGGGAUGGAAUUCAUCGCUUCUUUUGACAUGAAUGGCAAGAAAAAGUCAACCGCGACUCCUCUCUCCUCAAACGUUGAUGACUCGAAGAUGGACAAACGAAUCCUGUCGCUGAAGUCCUUCAGCAAAGCUCGGGACAGCGGCGCCUACGGCUGUGCCUGCAUUAAAAACAACGAGCUGAUAUUUGGCAAAGUAACUCGACUGAUCGGAGAGAAAAAAGCUGAGGUCACGACCAGAGCACCACUCGUCACCACUGGGACUCCAAACCCCCCCGCGACCACCAAGCCCUGUGUUUGUGAAACCAGUCCUUCCAUCUAUUGCUCAACCAUCAUUCUGGGACCACUGGCCGGCGGCUGUGGCCUUCUUCUCCUCCUCCUCAUCAUCACCAGCCUGUACUGUAACCAAAUAAGGACGCGGAGAUGCCCGCACCACCACAGAAGAAAGCAGCGUAUGAUGGCUCCUGGAAAACAGAUGAAGAACAACACACAUGUUUAAUCUCAAUGCGGCUGUUUUAUUUCUUUAACUGUAAUUAUUAGUUAUGUUCCUAAAAUAAUCUUAUUUACAGUUUAAUUACACUGUGAAUAAUUUACUGGCAAGUUAAAAACUUUUCACUGUGUGUGACAGAAAAUACAAAACAAGAAUCGUUCAAGUCAAAUACUCAUCCGACUUUGGAAGCUUUUCUUUGUCAACAUUAUCUGCGUGGGUUUUACAGUCGAUCGAGCCGCUCUGUCACUAUCACUGUGAUCUCUAUUACUCAAAUAAAAUCUUUUGAAGUGUUUAUUUAUCCGAACACUAUCAAUCCAGAUAAUAAUAAAAAAAAACAAGAUUAGAAUUUGAAUCAACAUUUA